CUUCGCGUAUGGUGAACGCCGGGGAGCUGUGAUCCUGCAGCUCGGGUCCCUGAGGUCUGGAUUCUUUCUCCCCUGCUGAGACGCAGCCAGUAGGUCCACAGGUCGCUCCAGCUGGGAGUUGAAGCACUGAAAUAUGAGUUGGCGAGGAAGAAGAUAUAGACCAAGACGAUGUUUACGACUUGCUCAGCUGGUUGGGCCUAUGCCUGAGCCCAGUGUGCCAGAGCCUCAACAAGAAGGACCACCAACUGAAAGUCAGGAUCAUACACCUGGUCAGAAGAGAGAAGAAGAUCAGGGUGCAGCUGAGAUUCAAGUGCCCGACCUGGAAGUUGAUCUCCAGAAGCUGUCUCAGUCAAAGACUGGGGAUGAAUGCGGAGAUGGUUCUGAUGUCCAGGGGAAGAUUCUGCCAAAAUCAGAGCAAUUUAAAAUGCCAGAAGGAGGGGAAGGGAAACCACAGCUUUAAACAAAGACAACCGAAAGAAUGCAAACUGGAUUUAUCCGAGAUAUUUGACUUUUAAAAAUCUCAAUAAAGUUUUCCAGUUUUCUCCAAAGAAGUAUCACA